AUGAUACCCAUCCUAUUUGCUUCUCUCCUUGCGCUCGGAUCUGGCGCUGUGGCGACACCAUUGAAGAGGCAGAGCGCAAUCUCUGCUUCUCAAAUCGCCUCGUAUACGCCCUAUGCCUACUACGCGGCCGCUGCGUACUGUCCCUCAAGCACGUUCCCCAACUGGUCCUGUGGAUCACAAUGCAAUGCCAACUCCGGCUUCCAAGUCAUUGCUUCCGGCGGCGACGGAUCAGAUGUCCAAAAUUGGUUUGUCGGCUAUGACAAGACACUGGACUCUAUCGUUGUAUCCCACGAAGGCACUAACACCAGUUCCCUGACAUCAAUACUGUCCGACGGUGAAGCCGUCCGGUCAGCGCUUGAUUCAACUCUAUUCCCUGGCGUACCCAGCGGUGUGAGCGUACACGACGGCUUUCAGGAUGCGCAAGCCGACACCGCGACUGCUGUCCUCGCUGCUGUGAAAAAGGGCCAGUCGACCUACGGCACAAACAUUGUGACCGUCACGGGCCACUCCCUCGGUGCCGCGAUCGCGCUCAUCGACGCUGUCUAUCUCAAAGUGAACCUGCCCUCGUCGACGUCGAUUAAAAUGAUUGGGUUUGGUCUCCCCCGUGUCGGCAACCAGGACUGGGCAGACUACCUCGACAGCACUCAAAGCGUUACGCACAUUAACAACAAGGAGGAUUAUGUACCCAUCCUUCCUGGAAGGGGCCUUGGCUACCACCACCCGUCCGGCGAGAUCCACAUCCAGGACAAUGGAGAUUGGGAAUCAUGCCCCGGCCAGGACAACACCUCCGAUCUCUGCACCACCGGCGACGUGUCGAAUAUCUUCGAUGGAGACAUUGAUGAUCACGAUGGACCUUACUCGGGUGUGCUGAUGGGUCGCAGUGCGUGCGUAUAG